GAACCUGUUCAUUGGAAAAAUAUAUAUAUAGCCAAACAUUAAAAGGAUUGGCAUAUCUUCGUAGUAUUUAUUCCUAUCACGUUGCAGAGUCAAAUCGGCAGUGUGCUAUGCGCUCGUGACGAUUUGCUGACGCGCUUUUAACCCCCCUCCCCCGAAGAGUGAAGCUGCGAGAGAGCAAAGAGGCUGGGAACCGGUCACUCUCUCUCUCUCUUUCUUCACCGAAUGUGAAGGAAGGCAAGUCCUGCGGCAAAAAUCAGCGAAAUUCCACCGAUUCCAGGAUAGGCAUCCCAGCUCUGUUGCAGAAAUGGAGGUUCCAAAUUUGGGACACAACCUAACUAGCCCGAUGAGUCCGUGUGAGGGCAUGAUCAAGAACCUCAGCUUGGAUGCGAUACAGUUAUGCGAGCGAGAGGGAGGCUGAUGACCCACAGCAGCAGGGAGGCAGGGUCUUGGGUAUCCAACAGCGCCAAGUAGUGUGACUGGUGGCCAGUGGCAUGAGGAGGCGACAGGAAAUACAUACUGCCCCUGAUCAGACAGAGAGCAAUAAAUCACAGGACAGCGGUAUCGUAGAGAUGGAGGAGCUUCCUGUCCCUCAGAACAUCAAGAUAAGCAACAUCACAUGUGACUCCUUCAAGAUUUGCUGGGACAUGGAGCCCCGAGUCAAGGAACGUAUCACUCACUACUUCAUCGAUCUCAACAAGAAAGAGAACAAGAACUCCAACAAGUUCAAACACAAGGAUGUCCCCACCAAACUGGUGGCGAAGGCAGUGCCUCUGCCCAUGACGGUGAGGGGUCACUGGUUCCUCAGCCCGCGUACGGAGUACACCGUGGCCGUCCAGACUGCCUCCAAACAGAGUGAUGGAGACUACGCCGUGUCAGAGUGGAGCGAGAUCAUCGACUUCACCACCGCCGAUUAUUCCACGGUGCAUCUAACCCAGCUGCUGGAAAAGGCUGAGGUCAUCGCAGGCAGGAUGCUGCGCUUCUCUGUGUUCUACAGGAAUCAAAACAAAGAGUACUUUGACCAGGCCAGGGAGGUCCAUGGGAACCACAUGCUGCCAGCUGUGAAGGACAACAGUGGAAGUCAUGGCUCACCUAUCAGCGGGAAGCUGAAGGGCCUCUACUUCAGCUGCAACACAGAGUUCAACACAGGCAAGCCCCCCCAGGACUCGCCCUACGGCCGCACACGCUUUGAGAUCCAGGCUGAGACCCUGUUCAACCCCAAGACUAACCUCUACUUCGGGGACUUCUACUGCAUGUACACGGCCUACCACUACGUCAUCCUAGUGCUGGCCCCACAGGGCUCGCCCGGCGAUGACUUCUGUAAGGCAAAGCUGCAAGCACUCGACAUCACCAACAACCACUUCCUGACUUGCACGGUGGACGAGGAGGCGGGCGACGGGGCACUGGUUUUCCGGCACGCCCAGGAUGUGAUCCUGGAGGUGAUCUACACAGAGCCCGUAGACCUGGUGCUGGGCACGGUGGCAGAGAUCAGCGGGCACCAGCUCAUGAGCCUGUCUACCGUCAAUGCCAAGAAGGACCCCAGCUGCAAGACCUGCAACAUCAGCGUGGGACGCUAGUGGGAGACUGGACUGCACCUGUGCUACACACACGUACACACACGCAACCCCAACCUAUAUCCUCAAAGGACCACCCUCCCAAAAGAAGAACAUUGCAGGAGAGGGACCCAGACUGUGAAAGACAUUUAACAACAGGGUAGGGUGCUAGAAUUCCCAGUCCAUAUACGCACACACACAUCAUCCAUUUUCCUUUUCAACCUCAUAGGAACCACCCUCUCAAAAGUGUGGCAUUCUGUUCAUCCCUCCCGCCGUCCCCAUCAGAAGAGAAACCAUGCAAAAGAGGGAGGAGCCCCAACUGAAAGAUCUACAGCUGAAGUGUGGGAUCCUAACAAGCCUUGGUCAGCAUCAUCAAAACCGCUAGCCAAAACUGACUGAUCCUAACAAGCCUUGGUCACCAUCAUCCAAACCGCUAGUUAACACUGACUGAUCCUAACAAGCCUUGGUCACCAUCAUCCAAACCGCUAGUUAACACUGACUGAUCCUAACAAGCCUUGGUCACCAUCAUCCAAACCGCUAGUUAACACUGACUGAUCCCUUUAAAUGUUCUAACCAAACAUUGUUCCGUGCAUGUAUUCACACAGCUUUUAUCAUUGAUUUUCUCUUCUGUUGUUUUUCAAACGUCUCCUUCUCCCGUUGACCUCUUCAAAUGUUCUGUUGUUCACUUCAGUCCAGGUAGACAGAUGGUUGUGUUCCUGUUUUCCCAUCUCUCCUGGAAGGCGUUCGAAUGGUUCAGAUCCGACAGAUCUAAGUUACUCCUCCCUCUAUCGGCAGAGACUGGUACUAAUUUAGAGCUGCAGUGUCAUCAUCUUUAUGCCAAAGGUAACACAAAAGGACAACUUGCUGUAGAAUAACAAUACUAAUGCAACAGCCACUGAAAGCAUAUUAACUCGGAGAUCAAGUUGAACUACUUGGUAACCAUUAAGAGCAUGAUGCAGUAUGUACAGCAUGACUUUGAAAACUGAGUCUGUCAGUUCCUCUACCAUAGCUACCCUUCUGCAAUGUUACGUUUGAUUUAUUCUAGUUAUAAAGAACCCAUAAACUGUGUUUAGUAAAGUAAUGUGAAAAAAUAUUUAUUUUUUACUGAUAUAUACACAUAUAAACCAGAAGUGCACAAUGUCAAGAGCUCUGAUUCUAGUAAACAAUUGCAUUUUUGGAUGAAAAACACAAAAAGGAGAAAACAACACAGAUUUGAAUAACUUGCACUAUGCCAACAUUCACAAGUUAUUUUUUUUCCAAGGCAAUGUAUAACUUGAAUUGCCACAAUUCAUCAUAUCAACUAUGAAUUAUUACAUAUCAUAGUACAAUGUGGGACUAAAAACGGAUUGACAUGCACAAACAUUCUACAGGAUUGUCGGAUUGUGUAUUCGGAUGACAUAUCCCCCUUGCCAAGAUUGCACUUUUCAAAGAGCAGUAUUUUAACGUAGUAGACCACGUUACGUACCUGUUAUAUCGACAUUAGUUUGGCAAGAACAAAAUGCAAGUAACAAUAAAGUGCCAUAAAAUAGCUUAGAAUAGCAUAACAUAACAUUUAUCUAACAUCAACUGUGAUAUAUAUUUGUUCUCUUUUUUCCUUAAAAUGAAAGUGUUACACUCGCUACAUCAGUUGCAGAAAAAAGUAUAAUUUGUCAUGAAUAACAAAGGACUUGUUAAGGGACUAAAAAUAGCUGGAUGUGGCCCAGCAAUUCUUGCAUCAUCUUGCCAUCACUCUUAACCAAAGUGAGAGUCAGUCAACAUCAAAGUCAUUUAAAGUGCAUCACCAUGUAAGCAUCGCAUGAAAUAUGACCAGAAGUACCGGUAUCUCACUUUGAAAUUUGUUCUGGAAAAAAAAUGAUCCAAUAAAGUGAGCCAAAAAAAACUGUUUCAAAAUAAAAGUCCCACUGUGAAGGAGGCUCAAACAGUCUUCGGAGUAUCCCGUUUACUGAGCAGGACUUCCAGCAAACGGAGUUUAGCUUUUAAGUUCUUGUACUCGCAGUACUCCUCUGCCAUGGGCCCAUGGUCCUCUUUCUGGGCAGCCCUUUAAAGACGAGGAAGAGAAAAAUACUAACUUAACAUUUCAGAUAAGCUGCAGCUUUCAUUACUGGUAUAGUCCCUGUGUUGCCUUAUUCAGAUAACUUUGUACAGUAAGUAUUGUAAUCGGAACAUUUUAUUUUACUUUCAAAAACCGCUACAUGUACAAAAUAUGUGUAUAGUUCAGAGCAGUUGUUUCUAUCUCUCCGUCUCUCAAGUACUUCUUUGUGUCGUAUUAACGUCAGUAAAUGUGCAUCACGCUGUUGUGAUUCUGCUGAAUUCUUCUGGUGGAUGUUUUAUUUUAUUUUUCACAAGGUGUUGUUGAACUAUGAAAACCAAAUGUUCCAGUUUAUUAAAAGAAAAUUAAAGGAAAAGCAAACA